UCUCUCUCUCUCUCUCUCACGUUACAUACAAUAUAUAAACUUGGUCGGCUGCAGAGUGUGUAUUAUUACAAUCUAAGAAAACGUGUAGCUGGCUAACUAUCUACAUUUCAGCUCACCUACCCGUUUCUUCUUCACCCCUUUGCAAACUGUUUUGAUUUGUUGGUGUUUUCUCAAUUCUCAUGGUUGAAUCCAUUCAACUCAAGGCACUGUUCUCUGUGGGGUCACCCAAUUCCAAGCGCCAACAGCAUCUCAUUCACUCUUUUUAGACAAUGUCAUGCUGUGAAUUACCCAAAUUCACCAACCACGACCACUCUCAUGAACUCUGAACCUCUUUCUCUCUCUCUUCUCUGACACUGUAGAAUAGAUUUUAAUGGCAGCUCUUAAGGCUGUGUCCUCUUCCUUCUGGGGUUGUUCCAAAGCCCCUCCUCAAUUGGGUGUUGGUGCUGCCAAUUCUCAUUCUGCUCAGAUUGGGAAUUUAAGAUAUGAUCUUGACAAAUGCCGCAAAUGGGAAUGUUGCUGUUUGGGUGUUUUUGCUGAGGCUCAGAGAGCUACCACCGCUGUUGAAGAUGAGAAGCCAAGUGUCCCUUUGGUUCACUCUUCUGGGGCUGAUAUUGAUCUUCACCCAAAUCACUCUAAGGGCUUUCACAAGGAUAUAAACCUGCUUCCUAAGCCAUUAACAGCAAUUGAUAUUUCCUCUGCUCCAAGAGAUGGAUCAAAGGUGCGGGUGGCUUAUCAGGGACUUCCAGGGGCAUAUAGCGAGGAUGCAGCUUUGAAAGCAUAUCCAAAAUGUGAGACUGUGCCAUGUGACGAUUUUGAAGCUGCAUUUAAGGCAGUUGAAUUAUGGCUAGUGGAUAAAGCUGUUCUACCCAUUGAGAAUUCUGUUGGUGGAAGCAUCCACCGUAAUUAUGACUUACUUCUUCGCCAUAGGCUCCACAUUGUUGGGGAGGUACAGUUGCGUGCUAACCACUGCCUUUUAGGAUUACCUGGUGCGAGAAAGGAGGAACUCAAAGGUGUAGUGAGUCAUCCUCAGGCUCUUGCUCAAUGUGAGACAAUACUUAGUGAUUUAGGUGUCGUCAAAAUUGGUGCACAUGAUACUGCCGCUGCUGCACAGAGAGUGGCCUCAAAUGGUGUAAGAGAGACUGGAGCUAUUGCAAGUUCCCGAGCUGCAAAAAUAUAUGGGCUUGACAUUCUUGCAGAAAGAAUUCAGGACGAUGAUGAGGUUAUUACUCGUUUCUUGGUCCUUGCAAGGGAGCCUAUAAUUCCAGGAACGGACAGGCCCCAUACGACUAGCAUUGUUUUCAGUCUAGAAGAAGGCCCAGGUGUACUGUUCAAAGCCCUGGCAGUUUUUGCUAUGAGGAAUAUUAAUUUGAAGAAGAUAGAGAGUCGCCCACUGAAGCAGCGCCCAUUAAGGGUUGUUGAUGAUACAAAUGAAGGGAGUGCCAAGUACUUUGACUACCUCUUCUACAUUGACAUUGAAGCUUCAAUGGCAGAACCUCGUGCACAAUAUGCUUUAGGACAGUUGCAGGAAUUUGCUAGAUUUCUUCGAGUUCUUGGUUGUUAUCCUACGGACACAGUUUUAUAGAAUUUCUGUGCCUUAACUAGGAGCAACAGUCGG